GGGGGGGCCGGCGGCGGUUGGGGCGGGGCUGCGGGGGGUGGGGGCGGCCGUCCGGUUCCAGCGCAACGAACGUGCUGGGACGCUCGAGGCGCGAUCCACGAUGCUACCGUGACAUUGUGUUAAAAAACACCUUUAACAAGGGACCCAGCGUACAAUUGCUGCAAAAGCAGUGAUGAUUAUACAAAGAGUAGUGCUGAACUCACGCCCUGGUAAGAUUGGAGUGCCAGUGGCUGAAAACUUCCGACUGGAGCAAAGUACAAUAUCGGAUACAAUCCAAGAGGGACAAGUCUGUGUUAGAACCCUUUAUCUCUCUGUGGAUCCUUACAUGCGCUGCCGAAUGAAUGAAGAUACAGGCUCAGAUUAUCUCCAGCCCUGGCAGCUGUCUGAAGUUGCUGAUGGUGGGGGCAUUGGGGUGGUGGAGGAGAGCAAGCAUAAGAACUUCGCUAAAGGAGAUUUUGUAACUUCCUUCAAUUGGCCCUGGCAGACAGUGGCCAUUCUAGAUGGAGGCUUGCUACAAAAGCUUGUUCCACAACUCGUAGAUGGACGCCUUUCCUUCUUUCUUGGUGCAGCUGGUAUUACAGGCCUGACUGCCUUGUUAGGUAUAAAAGAGAAAGGACAUGUGAGUGCAGGGGCAAAUCAGACAAUGGUGGUGAGCGGAGCAGCUGGUGCUUGUGGUUCUUUGGCUGGUCAGAUUGGCCGUCUAGAGGGCUGCACUAGAGUGGUGGGGAUUGCUGGCACGGAUGAGAAGUGCUCCAUUUUGGUCUCAGAAAUGGGGUUUGAUGCUGCUAUCAAUUACAAGAAGGGGAAUGUGGCAGAGCAGCUAUGUGAACUCUGCCCAGGUGGUGUGGAUGUUUACUUUGACAAUGUUGGUGGAGACAUCAGUGAUGCAGUUAUAAGUCAGAUGAAUCAGAACAGCCAUGUAGUCCUGUGUGGACAGAUUUCUCAGUAUAACAAAGAAAUGUCAUAUCCUCCUCCCCUGCCUCCUGAGGUAGAAAAAAUACGGAAAGAAAGGAAUAUCACAAGGGAAAGAUUCUUGGUGUUGAACUAUAUGGACAAACAAGAAGCUAGUAUUUUACAACUCUGUCAGUGGAUCAAAGAAGGUAAACUGAAGGUCAGAGAGACUGUGGUAGAAGGCUUGGAAAACAUUGGUGCUGCUUUCCAGUCCAUGAUGAAUGGAGGCAAUAUUGGAAAACAGAUCGUCUCAGUUUCCAAGUAAAAAUCAUAGCUCCAGGAAAAAUGAACUUGAUCCUAUCUUUCAUAAUGAGGAAGUUUAAUUUAUCCUAAUUUCCAUUUUCUUAGAUAAACUACUAAGUUUUUCUGUGUAUACUAGAAGCAGAGAUUCUGGUAUGCUAAGGCAGUACCUGUGCUGGUAAACGAAACAACCGGAAAUGGGAAUGCAAUCUUUCAUACUAGUAAAAAGUAAAGCACUCUUUGACAUGAUUUCAGCGCUUGCCAGCUAGCACACUCCCAAAUGAUUUCUGGGUCUGGUCUGGGAGUUAGAACAUCCUCAAGAAUGAUUUCCAAUAAGCAAUAUGUAUGCAGCCACCCAGUUUUGGAAGCUAAAAGAAUUUACUAGCAUAGAUGUGCACCAUUCCCAUGCUAGUUUGUCUCAGUGCCCAGAAACUUCCCUAGGAAUGUUUAAUUCACUUGUGUAAGCUUACCCUGACAGUCGAAUCAGCCUGGCUCAUUAUCUCAGAAUUUAAGUGUUCUCAUUUUUACAGAUCAUUGCAAUGGACAAACUUCCACUCAUCCAUCUUGUCCAUUUCUCUGUAUUGUAUCAUAUACCCUAUUUUCAGAGCACUUGAAACCUAACUCAUUUGCAUUUACACUUCCCAUCUGCAUGCAACUGAGACUGUCAUUAGAGGUAGGUUCAGCUUUAAGGCUAGCCUCCUGCUUAAUUUUUUAUUAAUUUCCUUUUCUUAGUCUUUGCUUCCCAGAUUUAACUCUAAAAAGAAAAUUAAUUUCCUUUUAAAAAAUCUACUGUAUCUUAUUGCUUUGAUAAUCUCCCUAAUUUCACCAGUUUGCUCUGUUUUUUACACAUCUCCAGGGCGACUGAGGGAGAAUCUCAAAAGUAUGCUCCUGAGGACAGAAAGUAACUUUGCAGACAAUUGACUUUGUGUUCUCUCAGUAACUUAUCUUGGCUCAGAAUUUUUCUUGUAACAGUGCUCUUUUACCAUCACAAUAAGGAAACUUGAAAAAAUGAGUCACCAUUUCUAAGUCUAAUAACAGAAUUGUGAAGCAUUUGACUAGCGUAAUCCCAAACUAAAGGGACUGAUGGGAUUAAGUGCAUGUUUUCAAAAUCAAGAAGCAGAAAAGAGAAUAGAUGAUUAUCUUAAAGACAUUAGAAUUCUGGUAUUAUGUAAAUUUAGAGACAUUAACACAUUCUCGUUUAGAUAAUAGGAUCAUUCAUGAGACAUUCUGAUUUACAAGAGAUUGAUUUUGUUUUUAGUUUGUUUGCUUUUAAGAGAAGUGUUUCCAAACAUAAAGGUCAGCUGAACUGUCCAGAAGAUGGAUCCCCUAGAUCAGCUUGAGCCACUACCCAGGCUCAAAUUAUGUGGAGUCAAAGAACUCCACAUAAUCCAAGGAAAGAAACACUUUCCAAGAAAUUUGGCAUUAUGAAUCAAUUUGCAUACAGUGGAAAGUAAGACAGCGGAUAUCAGAUUUGCCUUAUACUGUUUUGAGCAAUAUAGAAAACAGUCCCUUCAUUUCCUGAUGCUGAAGCUGACCCUGAAAGAAGGAAGCACACAAUGAAGACCUUGAGGAAGAGAAGGACACAUGCAGUAUAGCAUUUGAUGAUCUAAAAUUUUCAACUAUGCAAUCUUCAUUUAUGCAAUCAGUGACUGGUUCAGUUUCAGCUAGACUGUGAAUCCAGCAUCAAUGUAACUCAAAUACCAUUAAAUAACAGUGUUGCAUUGAGACAAA